CUCGACCGCGCCGCAGGGGAAUCCAUCCAGGCUCGAGUAGAGUUUCGAGAGUCACCGGGAGAGGUGGACCGGCCUCGCUGCCGGUGAACUUCAUUUACUGGUGGGCGACCGGAUGAACUAAAGGAGGAGGACGAAGGUGAGAAGAUCGUCUCAGAAUAGUUCGUCCGCCCCGUAAACUGUGCAGUCGUCUUAAGAGUCUGUAAAAGUUUUAAACCCACAUACGAAAAAGUCAUCUCGCCGAUUCGACUAUACGAAAAAUCAGAACCACCGUUUCGCAACCGCGCUCAGCCAUGAGCCGCCGCGAGCCACUCAAGACCCUCCUGCCGACCGAGACAUUCGAGCUCGAUUCCGGCCUCUUUCUCACCCCCCGCGUCAAGCUCAGCCUCACGAUUCACCGCGCCGACAAGUCCGUGUCCCCGAUCGACGAGUGGAAGCUCAAGCGCUCGUUAAUUGAUUACCUGAGAACCUCGCACUCGAUAUUCGUUCCUGAAGAAGACAUCAAGGUUUUCAAGUACAGAGACCUCAAGAAAAGGAAGCGCGAAGAUCCCGUGGCGCGCGGGAGUUUGUUCGUGUUGGAUUUAGGGUUUCUGUCCAGGAAGUUGGGUUUGAGCGAAAAGGAUGGCGUGGAGAAAGAGUUUCUGGAUUGGAGGAAGGGUAUCACAGCGGAAAUGGACGGAAUGGAGUUGAAUUUGGAGUCUGUAAAGUUUAAGUUGAGUGUUGAGGUGCCCAAGGGAGAUGAUUUUGAAGGGAUGAGGAAAGAGUGGGAGGAGCUUGCGGCAUUUGGAGCGAGAGGAUAUCAAAGGAGUGAGAGGCAACAGCCUGAUACAAUUAUAUUAAGAGGUGUGCCAUCAAGGUGGUUUGCUGAGCCUAGGGUUUCAUCAAAACCUUCAAUGCUAGUCACUCACACAAUUUUUUCAGCACUUGGAAAAAUAAGGAAUCUUGAGGUAGGUGAGGACAAUGUCAGAGGUGAGGAUGAGGAUGAAGAUAGUGGGGACCUGGUUUCAGGUCUCCAUUGUAAGAUUGUGGUUCAAUAUGAAAGUUACGAGGACUUUUCAAAUGCCUUGAAGAUUUUAAGUGGCCGCUCGUUAAACAAGCAAGGAUCACGGUUGAGAGCUGAUUAUGAGGUGACGUGGGACAGAAAUGGAUACUUUCGAAAUCGCAGAAGCCGAACAGAAGAGGGUAAGAGAUGGGCCCCACUUACUGGCGUGGGGAGUUAUUCAACUGAAGCUGCUCAACAUCAGUCAAGAGUUUCUCGAACUAGCCCUGAUAAUGCACGCAGAAAGCGUUUCAAGGAAGCAGUUAAGCCGAUUCUUUUACAAGUCAUUGCUCGAGGUGAUGUUUGUCUCAGUACAACCCAGAACUGCAUGGCUUGUGAGAAGACAGUAUAUCUUGCAGGUACAACCCAGAACUGCAUGGCUUGUGAGAAGACAGUAUAUCUUGCAGACAAGUUAACAGCUGAUAACAGAGUUUACCACAAGGCUUUCAGAUGCCACCAUGACAAGGGCACUCUCAAGGUUCCUCCUUUUUUCCACAUCUUCCAUUGUUCUUCCAAAUUUUGCCUUUUUUUUUUGGUCAGUAACCACUGA